AUGCCCAAAUCAGUGGACCAUGUAAAAGCUGCAAUGGGCUACAUGUACAAGCUAUCUUCACAUGGCAAAGUAUGGAUGAAAUCGCUUAUAAUGAGCGGCAAUGGUUGCACCGUCUUUGACUCACAUGGAGAGAUAAUUUAUCGCAUGGAUAACUACGACUGCAGACGCAAUGACAGAGUUUAUCUCAUGGAUGCCAGAGGCGAAGUCCUACUGACUGUGGUUAGAAAGAAAUUUAGCUUUACUGGACACUGGGAAGGCUAUAGAUCCAUUGGUUCCAAGCUUGAGAAAGGGAAGCCAUGGUUCCGAGUUAGAAAAACUUGCAAUAUUCUACGAGAUUUUCCCUGCCAAGUCACCGUAUCAUGUCAUGAGAAUGAAACAGAUUCUUUCAAAAUACUUGCCUCAGCUAGAAGAAACUCAGCAUGCAAAAUUGUAGACAGGGAAGGUCGACUUGUUGCAGAGGUGUAUCUAAAGAAAGCACCCUCGGGAGAAUUGUUAGGAGAUGAUGUACUGACUCUGGUGGUCGAGCCUUUUGUUGAUCACUCGCUCGUGAUGGGACUUGUUACUGUCUACAAUAUGAUCAAGCGCAAAAUAUAA